AGUCUCGUGGUCUAGGGUUCUAUAUGACUGACAAUUAAAAGCAGGACGAACAACAACGAAUAAAAUGAAACAAUGGAGAUGCCAUCACAGAAGAAAUAUGAUAUAACUAGGGGGCAUGAGCACUACCUCAGUCAUAUAUUGUUAUUGGAACAAGCUUCGCCCAUCGCAUUGAAGGCCAUUAUAAAAAGAGAAGAGAAAAAGUGUGGUAACGGUAUACGUGAUUUGUUAAAUAAAAAUAGACAUACAAUCAAAACACAGUACAAAACUGAGUAUCUUCAAUUAUUUCAAGAAGAUAAUGUCAAUGACGACAUUGAUACGUGGGACACACUUCAAUUAUGUGCUGUGACAUUAGUUUUGUUCAAGUCUGAUCUAACUGAAUCAGAAGUUAAAGCCAUUCAAUGUAUAUAUGAUCAGAGGAAAGAUAUUGAACAAUACACCGAAUGUGCCUCCCUAACAUUCAAUACCUACAACGAGAAAAACCAUGUAUUGCACGAUCAAUUACUCGAGUUGAUAACAUUCGUAGACGACCAAGCUAAUCUUUAUUGUAAACGUAUGAUGUUUUCAUAUGAAUCAAAAUCGAUGCAAUUAAGCGAAACACAGAUAGACAAACUAACAAGGACACAAGAUGUUAAAACGCAUCUUCAAGUUGCAAUUGAAGUAAAUUGUGUGACACAGAAUACAUUUACUGGUGAGGAGAACACACAAGUGGUUCAAGCAAAUGGUAAGCAUGAACAUUUAUUUAUAUGUUUGUAA